UCCUCCCUCAUCCUCCCCAUCUCUUACGCCUACAUCUCCCUCAUGGGGUCUCAGGCCCUCACAAACGCCUCCAAGCUGGCCAUCCUCAACGCCAACUACAUGGCCAAGCGCCUGGAGCAGCACUACCCCGUGCUCUUCCGCGGCGCCAACGGCACCUGCGCCCACGAGUUCAUCCUGGACAUCAGGCCCAUCACCGACGCCACCGGCGUGGAGGCGGAAGACAUUGCCAAGCGGCUCAUGGACUACGGCUUCCACGCCCCCACCAUGAGCUGGCCCGUGGCAGGCACGCUGAUGAUUGAGCCCACUGAGAGCGAGAGCAAGGCGGAGCUGGACCGCUUCUGUGAGGCCAUGAUCUCCAUCCGCCACGAGAUUGCCGCGGUGGAGGCGGGCAAGGCCGACCCCAAGAACAAUGUGCUGAAGCACGCGCCGCACUCUCCCGACGUGGUGCUGGCCGACACCUGGGACCGACCCUACACUCGGGAGCUGGCCGCCUACCCCGCCCCCUGGGUGCGCCAGGCCAAGUUCUGGCCCACCACCAGCCGCGUGGACAAUGUGUACGGCGACCGGCACCUGGUGCUGCGGCUGCCAGAGGUGGCGCCCGCGGGCGCCGCGGCUGCCGACGAGCCCGCCGAGGCCGUGGCGGCGUGA